AUGGCUCAAGCAACUUAUGCAUCCCCUGGCUUCGACACUUUCUUCUCCCCCGUUGAUCCGGAGCUCGACGUCCGCCGUGAUAUUGCGUUACUUUUAUACCUUCUCAGCCAUACCAAGGUGCAAGGCCGGAGGUCGGGUGCAGAAGCUAAGACUCUCGAGGCUUUGGAUCCUUGGACUUACUUGGCCUUCAUCAUCAACACCGGGCAAACACCCCACGACAAGGUCAUCGCGGUCACAGGCCGAAUCGAUUGCGAGGGGAUCACUGCGGCACUGUGCCACGUUCACGAUAUAAUCACUGCCCUCAACUACUUUGUCCAUUCCUCUCCCGCGUCCUUGGCCGAGAAGACCAAUCAGGAGGGACAUCAGACUGCUCUUUUCUUCUUCUUCAUCGCAAAACGUUGCUGCCUCAAACUUCACGCUCGUAUCGCGAACGGUCAGCGUAUGUGGUCGGCGCAUCCAACUUACCUCAUUCGUGCAUGGUACGUGUCGCAUCACAGCCAAUCGGUCAUCGGACUUCCCGCUGUUCUGGAGCAGAUCUUGGAGAAGCAUCAUCAACUCUCACCAGCGCGGGACCACCAUGGAUUGUCGGGUGACCGAAUUCCAUACACCAUAGGACCGGAGGACGUGUUGCUUUGGGCUGGGAUGUUGAACGGCGUCUUUGAUAUCCUGAUCACCGAUGAGCUUGCACUGGAUCUGCGGAAGAAGUACAUGGAUGCUGUCGGGAAAUCCCAUCGGCCAAUGCUGAACAGUCUGUUCACGUCACUUGGCACAAGUCGCGAAGGCGUCGUGUCUGAAGAUAUCGGCACAGCCGCAGCAGAUACAGCCGCAGUAGAAGACCCAGACCACGUCAUUCGCUACCUGAAGACACUGGUGAUCCCUCUUGCCGCUGCUCAAUUCUUGGUCCACUACUGCCACAAGCUGUCGCCGUUGUCGCCUGGUCUAGAGGCUUUCAUGGUCUAUGCUACGUCCUCCACCCCCACCAUUACCCAGGGGCAUAUCCAGGACUUCAAGAAUAGGUUUCUUCAGCGUUUUCUGUUCUCAGAGGAGGACAAGGAGGAGAUUGAUCAAGCUUUGUCAUCUCUGAGGUUCCGUUAUAACGGCUCUCUGCAUGCAGAAUCUAUUAUCAUGGCGCUGGCAUGCUCUGUCCGCGAGAGCGCUAAAGCUGAAGACGCUGCGCUUCAGCAACAGUUGUCGGACAUUAGACCUGUAUUUGAGGUCUCUUUGAUCCCCAUUGGGGUCAGCAAGAAGUGUUGCUUCUGCUGUGAUCUUCUAGCGUCCCUUCUAACGAGCUCAGGAGAGCAUGAAAGAAACCUCACUUUUCUUCUUCAGGGCACACAUUCUGCCAUCUUUCCCUGGAUCCCUCCCGAUGGUGUUCCAUUCAAGGUAUUGAAGGAGAUCAGAAUUCAGCUUCUGAGAAUUUUUUAUGACCCCAUCACUGUGUAUGUGAAUUCGGCGCCAUCUCUCCAAACAUCACCAGCAAAGCCUGUUCGCGAGCUUCCCCCCAUUUGGUCCACUGAUGACAUGGGAAUGCUUCAAUACAAUGUGGCUCAAUGA